UUAUUAAAUAUUGAAAUGUUUAAAAGGUAUGAAAAUGGUGUCGUUCCUCCGACCUUUAUGGGGUGUACCUACCUACCAACUCCACAGAGUUUCAAUCCUGUUUGCAACGUCAACAAAAUGAGAGGUUUGAAUUUACCUUUCAAUGGAUUUAUUGUGUACAAUGAGAAUGGGACGAACACAACAUGUUACAGGGAUAUGCCUGUUGCUGAGAACCAUGGUUGGUGUGCAGUCUGCUCAGUUCAUAAUGGAGAAUCUGAUGAUGAGAAUAGUUGUGAAUAUGAGGGAAUACACACCCCUGAACUAGACAAGGGCUGGGGAUUCUGUUCAGAUUCAUGCACAUUCCCGGAUGAGGAAUUGUUGGGAACCUCUUUGCAAGAAACAUCAAUAACCGUGUUUAGUAACGAACAAUGUUACAGUUUAAACAACAACACCUGGACCUUUAAUCCAAAACUAGAACUUUGUGGAAGUCACAUCUGGCGUAGAAAGGGAGUUUACAUGAGAAGAAAUCACGAUAAAGAUGCUGAGAAGGAAUACGAGACGACUCCUAUAGUUGAAGAAUUGAUUGGUGCAGCUGACGCCUGUCAAGGUGACUCAGGAGGACCAAUGGUCACUCAUGAAGACCCAAGUAACCCUGGUAAAUCUGUUCUGGUUGGUAUUGUGAGUAGAGGGAAGGGUUGCGGUCAGACUGGACAAACAGCUAUCUAUACAAGGGUGUCUGCAUUUUAUAACUGGAUAGUUGACACAAUAAAGGCUGACAAAGAAAAGUAUUGGAAAUGUACUGACUAAACAAGUUGCUGACUUGCCUCGAGAUUUUUGGAAUUUUACCAAAAAGUAUAAAUUUUGUCAAAAUGGAUAAUUAAGAAAACUUAAUAAAUAUUAAGAUA